AUGAAGGAAGUGCUGGAGUCGAUGAAUUUAUAUCAUCAAAGAGACACUUUAAUUGGGGGCUCCGCUAAGAAGGGUAUUAGCGGAGGCGAGAUGAAGAGGGUUGCGCUGUCUGUAGAGCUUCUCAAUAACCCCUCUCUUCUCUUCUUAGAUGAGCCUACAUCAGGGCUUGAUGCAGCUUUGGCGUUUGAUACGAUGCGGCUGCUGCUGCGGCUGGCGAGGACAGGGGGUCGGACAGUCGUCUGCACUGUACAUCAACCGCGUUCGCAGUUGUUUGCAAUGUUUGAUGAAUUGCUGCUGCUGCACCGUGGCGAGGUAGUCUAUCAAGGAGCAGCAAGCAGCUGCAGCAAAUACUUCUCUAGUUUAGGUCUCCGCUGCCCCCCUCGCUUUAAUCCUGCUGAUUUUCUUCUUGAUCUCCUCACUUUAAGAGUUGAGCCAGAAGAAGAGCAAGCUCAACUUCGAGGAAGACACACGGAAGAGAGAGUCCUAACUUUGCCUGCAUGCAGUAGCAGCAGCAGCAGCAGCAGCAAACCCCAGCAGCAGCAACAGCAGCAGCAGCAACAGCAGCAGCAGCAACAGCAGCAGCAGCAACAGCAGCAGCAGCAACAGCAGCAAGAGGCUGAGAGGGAAGAAGGAGCAGCAGGACAUCGUGGGCUUGUACGUGAAGGGAGUGCUGCACAUAUAUUAAUGGAGACAGAGACGGAGGAGACAGAAACAGAAAAGGAGACAGCAGGUUUAUUGUCAUAUUAUGAAUCUCAUAUGGUGCGAGUUACUGUCUCUCAAGAGCAGGUUAACCGCCUACCUCGUCUUUUUAGUUCUUCACACUUUGCUGCUGCUAUUAAAGAUAAAAUAGAGUUAGAGCUGCAGCAGCCGCAAGACAAACAAACAGCAAAAGGGCUGCAUCAGCGUCUCCAGGACCACAGAGCGUUUCUGUACGCAACACCACCUUCUAAGCCCUAA